UAUUUAUAGCUUUGGUUAUUGUUGUAUUUUUUAAAAAAUCAUAUUUAAGUUUGUUAAGUCUGUACAACAAUCUUUGCCUUUAAGAAGUGAUGAAAAAUAAGAAAAUGUGAUUAUAUUUUCACACGGUCUACCUCAAAAAUACUAUAUACCUGGGACAUGGCCAAAGGGUCUUUCCUAAAUAAAGUUAGAAUACAAUACUAAGUAAUUGUUUUUGGGGAGGGGGGAAGGUUUCAUCUAGCCAAUCAAAUUUAGAAGAUUUUUUAUUUUAAAAUACGUUAAUCACAGAGCAUUCUGAAGCGACAUUAGUCUAAAAGCCUACUUGCAAGAUAAAAAAAAAAGACUGGCCAUGAGUUGAUAAUUAUUGAAGCAGGGUGAUAACUAUUCUCCUUACUUAGGUUUUUUUCCUUGAAAUUUUCCAUUACAAAAGGUUUUAAAUUUGAAAAAAAUCUACACAAUAAAUAAGGAAAUGAAGUUAAUUGUGUAUUAUUAACAUCGUACUCUAAAGACAUUGAAUUCUGAAAUAAAUAUCUAAAAUAUUUAAUGGAAAAACUACAUUUAGAUUUUAUUUAACAAAACCAAAAUAAUUGGAGCAUCUCUUUAUUUCAUAGCAUAUAAUAAUCACAUAAAAUAAAUAACUUAAGAAACAUGUACUUGAAACUUUAUUAAGAACAAUGCUUCUUUUUCAGUAUCCACCAUUUCCUUUGAGUAAAGCUCUUUUUUUGUUCCAGUAAUGUAGAUCAUAUGCUAGGUAAAAAUGCACAUAAUUUUGUGAAAUAACAAAAGACACUGAUAUUCCAUUUUCUAUUCCAGUUUUCUAUUUUAUAUUAGUUCCUAAGUAAUCACUAUAUGAAACUCAACUAUCAUUUCAAAAAAAAUCCAAAUUAGAAAAUAUUCCAAAAGGAGAAAUAAAGCAGCAAUAACUGACUUCCUUUAAAACCAACUGUUGAAACAGGCUAAACUGACUCAUGGAUAAUUUCUGCAUUAUCUACUUGGCUAGCUAUUUUGCCUAUAUGAUUUUUCUUUUUUUAAGACACCCAAUAAUGCUAGCAAAUGCUUUGUCUGGGGAUUUGAAUAGUGUCAUGAAAAUCAACAUUCGCCCCCUCUUACAAUCUUUCUCCUCUCAAAAGGCACACAAAAAUGUGAAAACUCUCACGCAUAGUAUGCAUCAAUCAAUGUAUUUCACAGCUUCAGACCUAACAAUGCUUUAGAUUUGUUGAACGCUUUCUUGUACAGAAUCUACCUUGAGCUGAGUAUACGCUGCUUCUAAGAUCUACCAAAUGGAAAAGAAAAAAAAUCCUUUUCUAAUCCUUAUGAUUUUUUUCUGAUUUUUUUCUUUUAGCACACUUGAGAAAACAAUUAUUAGCAUUAAAUAGCAGAUACAGAUAAUAAAUAUAAAACUAUACUCUGUCUCCAUUUCCACAUAAGCUCACAGUCAUGCCUUGCCUCUAUUACUUUGUUCACCUGCUUCUAUUUCAUAUCAACUUUUAACUUAAAUCUAGUUAGUUUUCUUUGUAGCCUAUUUGCUUUCUUUCACUAUCCCCAUCCUAUUUGUUUCUGGAAAAAAAUAGCACUUCCCUUAACUCACCUCUCCUCAGUCACCUCUGCAUCCUACUAGAGACAUCAGUAAGAAUGUCACCAUAUCAUUGAGAAAUAGUGAAACAAGCCAUUGAAGAAGCUGAACACCUAUUCCUAGGAAUCAUUAAACACAGGUCUGCAACAUGAAAGUCACAGGCAUCACAAUCCUCUUUUGGCCUCUCUCCAUGGUAUUAUUAUCAGACAAAAUCCAGUCUUCUAAAAGAGAAGUCCAAUGUAAUUUCACUGAAAAAAAUUAUUCCUUGAUUCCAGCAGAUAUCAAGAAAGAUGUUACUAUACUUGAUCUCAGUUAUAACCAAAUUACUCUUAAUGGUACAGACACAAGAGUUCUACAGACAUACUUUUUACUCACAGAGCUCUACUUGAUUGAGAACAAUGUUACUGUCUUACAUAAUAACAGUUUUGAUAACCUCUCCAGUCUAGAAAUUUUAAAUAUCUGUAGAAACUCCAUCUAUGUAAUUCAACAGGGUGCAUUUUUAGGCUUAAAUAAACUAAAACAGUUACAUCUCUGCCAAAACAAAAUAGAACAACUGAAUGCUGAUAUAUUUGUGCCUCUAAGAGACCUAAAACUUCUGAAUCUGCAAGGCAAUUUGAUUAGCUAUUUGGAUGUACCACCACUAUUUCAUCUGGAAUUAAUAACUUUAUAUGGAAACCUAUGGAACUGCUCUUGCAGUCUAUUUAAUUUGCAGAACUGGUUGAACACAUCAAAUGUGACAUUAGAAAAUGAGAACAUCACCAUGUGUAGCUACCCCAACAGCCUGAAGAGCUACAAUAUUAAAACAGUACCUCCUAAGGCUGAAUGCCACUCAAAACUUCCUUCACCAGUAACUGAAGAUCUUUAUAUUCAUUUUCAGCCCAUCAGCAAUUCAACAUUUAAUAGCUCUUUGAACAACUUAACAAGAAAUUCAGAACAUAUACCUCUUGGAAAAAGCUGGGCUUUUCUCGUUGGUGUUGUUGUCACUGCACUGACAACUUCACUUCUCAUUUUUAUUGCUAUCAAAUGCCCAAUAUGGUACAAUAUUCUGCUUAGUUAUAAUCAUCAUCGCCUGGAAGAGCAUGAAGCAGAAACCUAUGAAGAUGGUUUUACUGGAAAUCCAAGUUCUCUUUCACAGAUACCAGAAACAAACUCUGAAGAAACUACAGUAAUAUUUGAACAAUUACAUUCAUUUGUGGUAGAUGAUGAUGGAUUUAUUGAAGACAAAUAUAUAGAUAUCCAUGAAUUACGUGAAGAAAAUUAAUUUCUUUCAAAGUUUGCUGUUUAAACAAAGUUAUCAGCUCACUCACAGUUUAGAUAUGGAGAUUUUGCUAUGUGAUAUACCAAAAUACAGCUAGCAGACAUUCAUAUUAAUGACAACGUACAUGAAUAUCAUAAAAUUAUGUUCUUUGCAUUGUAUUGAGCAAGCAGGUCCAAAUACAAUAACUGACACUCCCUGGUAGCUGACAGUUACAUAGUUUACAAUACUAGCACUCCUAUUCUUAGCAGUGUUUGGGUGACCAUACAGACUAGUAAAAAGGCCUAAAUUAUUCAUUAAUUAAAAUGAAUGGAUUCUCAUAUUAACACAGAUAUUUGACAUAAUAUGUAUUAAAUUACACUAAAGUUUCAAUCAGUAAAGAAAUAAAAGUUUGGGAUUUAUUAAUAUAUGGUAAGUCAAAGUGAGGAACAGAUAGCUUAAAUAAUAUAAGAUUGAUUUUAUGCUCACAGAAUAAAUUCAUAGAGUUGGAAAAUAUUUUUUCAAAAUGCUUCCUGAAAUAGCAUAAUAAAUUUCCUUAAAAUUUUAUAGCAAUUUAAAGCACAAGCACAAUGUUCAGGCAUAAUCCCUAAUAAGUCACUACUGAUUCUGGUUAUAAAGAAAGGCUGUCACCAUAAUGCAGGAUCACUACAGUUGAAUAUCAUAGUGGCUUACAAAGUGGGCAUCACAAUAAUCUAUAAAUCUUGUUUUAAAAAUACAUAUUUCUACCUCUCUCUGGGAGAUUUUUAUUCAAAUUGAUCUGUGCUGGGACUGAGGAAUCUUCAUGUGGUCCACAGACAGCUGUUUCUAUCUAUUCAGUAGAUACAGCAAUGUUUCCCAAAUUGUUUUCCCAAAAUACUAAUUUCCAGAGAGACAUUCACAAGUAUUUACAGGAGAAGAAAAA